AUGAUUAUGGACAACUGUCCAGAAACAGAGACUGAGAAGGCUAUUGGAUGCACUCUGAACUGUAGUUGUCAAGGUUUCAAACCAGGAAAAAUACACCACCGUCAGUGUGAACAGUGCAGACAUGGAUGGGUGGCACAUGCACUAAGCAAAUUGAGGAUCCCAAAUGUGUACCCAACUAGCCAAGUGGAGAUAGUCCAGUCCAAUGUGGUUUUUGAUAUCAGCAGUCUCAUGCUCUACGGGACCCAAGCUAUUCCCAUUCGCCUUAAAAUUCUUUUAGAUCGGCUUUUCAGUGUACUGAAACAAGAGGAGGUAAUCCAGAUUCUUCAUGCCUUGGACUGGACUCUUCAGGAUUAUAUUCGUGGAUAUGUGCUCCAGGAUGCAUCAGGAAAGGUUUUGGAUCACUGGAGUAUCAUGACCAGUGAAGAAGAGUUGGCCACGCUGCAUCAGUUUCUUCGUUUUGGAGAGACCAAGUCCAUUGUGGAGCUUAUGGCAAUUCAAGAGAAAGAAGGACAGUCCAUUAUCAUACCAUCUACAACAACUAAUUUGGAUAUCAGGGCCUUUAUAGAAAGUUGCAACCAGAGAAGUCCCAGCCUUUCUGUUCCAGUGGACAAGGUGAACCCUGGCAACCUUCAUCACUUUGAAAACCUCAUCAAUAACAUGGCUUUCAUGCUGCCUUUUCAGUUCUUCAGCCCAGUGCCUCCCCCACUGAUAGGUUCACCACCGGAGAGACAUGUGAUUGAGCAAGGUCAAGACAGAAGUAAUGAUAUUAAACACGAUGUCCAGAUACCCUUUUCUGAAAAUGGCUUCUUAACUCCUACUUCUGCUUCAUUUCAAGUCGAAAAUGAACAGUGUAUAAACUGUCCGGAUGUCCUACCCAAAAGCGAAGAUGAUGCCCAUUUCAGUGAUUCUGGUUCACACCACACAGUCGCCAAGCUUGAAAUGACCCGGUUGUCCCCAGAGCCCAAAGGGAAGACUACUGAAAGAAAUGGUAUUGGGCCAAAGAAAGGCCGGGUUUUCUGCACUGCAUGUGAAAAGACCUUCUAUGAUAAAGGGACCCUGAAAAUCCACUAUAAUGCUGUGCACCUGAAGAUCAAACACAAAUGCACAAUUGAAGGAUGCAACAUGGUCUUCAGCUCCCUGAGGAGUCGGAAUCGACACAGUGCAAACCCGAACCCUCGGCUUCAUAUGCCUAUGAACAGGAACAACCGAGAUAAAGAUCUGAGGAACAGUUUGAACAUGACAAUCCCUGAGGAGGGCAAAAGAACAGGCUUUCCUGUGACAUCACCAGACAGCAGGCCUAUCCCCAAUUACAUCGGGCCAUGCGCUGACUCCAAAGUACAGUCGGCCUUUCCCAGUAUUGGGCAAAAUGGUGUGCUUUUUCCCAACUUAAAGACAGUUCAGCCAGUUCUUCCUUUCUACCGCAAUCCAGUCACACCAGCUGAGCUUGCUAACACUCCAGGAACACUCCCCUCUCUGCCUCUGGUGUCCUCCUCCAUACCUGAACAGCUGGCUUCCAAUGAAUUGCCGUUUGAUGCUCUUCCCAAGAAAAAAUCUCGGAAAUCAAGCAUGCCUAUCAAAAUAGAGAAGGAAGCAGUGGAAAUUGCCAAUGAAAACAGUGAUGCCCUCAGUUCAGAUGAAGAGAUGCCACUGCAGGUUGUCAGUGAUGGAGAGUUAGAGACAUGCAAGCUCAGGGUGGAGAAAGAGGUCACUGACCAAGAAGAGCAGCACCCACACUCAGCCAACUUAUGGAAAUCUCUUUCUGAAGGAGGGAGGCCUCCCAAACCAGAAUCGGUGAUUGAGACCAAACAUUUAAAAAAGAUGUCCGAGCAAGAUUUGAACAACUCAGAGAAAGAGACUGAACAAAACCCAGUGUUAGCCAUUGUGCCCAGGGAAGCUGCGUUCAGCGAUCCCAAACAACACACCAGUGUCUUAAAACCAGUAAUUGAACCUCUGCCAAUGUAUGCAAAAGAACAGUCAAAACACCAGCUUCCCAAUUCUGACUGCGUGGAAUUGCAGCACCACUUACUGACUGGGGGAUUUUUAAAUGCUUUGUCCAACAGGGGGAUGGCUCUUCCUUGCUUUGAGGAUCCUAGAGAGCGAGAUCAGGUCAGUCAGUACGCUCUAGGAAGACAAAAGGAAGAAACUCGCUUUCAUUGUGAUAUCUGUAAGAAGACCUUUAAAAACACUUACAGCGUCAAAAUUCAUUUCAAAAAUGUACAUGCCAAAGAAAUGCACAUCUGUACAAUUGAGGGCUGCAGUGCAACCUUCCCUUCUCGCAGAAGCCGAGACAGACACAGUUCAAACAUAAGUCUUCAUCAGAAAGUUAUCACCAAAGAUACCCUGGAAAGCACUGAUAGUCCUUUGGGCGCAACUUACCUUUUGAAAGAUAUGGCUAAGGAGGUUUAUCAGGACGCAGCCUUCAAACACCACGCUCCCCAGACUUCUGUCAUCUUCAAAGGAACCAACCGGACUGGGAGUGUCGUCUACCCAAUCACCAAAAUCCGAGAAUCCUGUUUAGAGAGCUAUGGCUGCGGUCCUACCAGCGAGGCCACCGUCCUCGAUUUGAGCACUACCUCCAGCAUGAAGUCUGAGAGCAGCACCCCUUCUUCAUGGGACUCCGACGGAGGAAGUGAAGAGGGCAAUGUUGCUCUGGAAGAUAGUGAUGAAAGCUGUGAAGGACCGAGCCUGAUCCCCGGUGAAGAUGGCUACCCAAUUUGUGCCCUCAUGGAAAAGGCCAAUCACAGCUUUUCAAACCUUCCCUCUGGUUUGCCAAUAACUUGUCAUCUCUGCCAAAAGAUAUACAGUAAUAAAGGAACCUUCAGGGCCCACUACAAAACUGUGCACCUCCGCCAACUUCACAAAUGUAAAGUACCAGGUUGCAACACCAUGUUUUCAUCAGUCCGCAGUCGAAAUAGGCAUAGCCAGAAUCCCAACUUGCACAAAAGUCUAACCACAUCUCCAAAUAAUCUCCAGUAA